AUGAAUAAUUCUGUUUUUGGAAAAACAAUAGAAAACAUAAGAAAAAGACAGAAUAUAAUUCUUAUUGAUGAUCGUAAAAAUCCUUCUAAACUUACAAGUCGACCAAACUUUGAUAGAGCAACAAUAUUUGAUCAUAAUCUUAUUGCAGUUCAUAUGAAAAAAACAGAAGUGUAUUUUAACAAACCAGUAUAUGUUGGUCAAGCAAUUCUAGAUUUAUCAAAAACAUUAAUGUUUGAUUUUCAUUACAACUACAUUAAAAAGAAAUAUAAAGACAAAGCUGAGUUAUUGUUUACAGAUACUGACUCACUUUUAUACCAAAUUCAUACGGAUGAUUUUUAUCGUGAUAUUUCUUACAAUAUAGAAGACAAGUUUGACACUUCUGAUUAUCCACCAAACUAUCCAUCUGGAAUACUAACAGGAGUAAACAAAAAAGUAAUAGGAAUGUUUAAAGAUGAAGUAGCUGGUAGACAGAUUACAAGAUUUGUUGGUCUUCGUCCGAAGCUUUAUAGUUUUAAGGUAGAGGAUGGAGUUUUAACCAAAAAGUGUAAAGGUAUAAAGAAGAAUGUUGUAAAAAAGGGAAUAGAAUUUGAAAAUUAUGUUGAGUGCUUAUUUACCGGUGAAAAGCAAAUGAGAACUAUGAAAAUUAUAAGAAGUGAAAAUCAUGACAUUUACUCAAAGGAAGUAAAUAAAAUAGCUUUGAGUAGUGAAGAUGACAAAAGAGAGGUCUUAGAGGACAAAGUAGAAACUAUUGCUUUAAGAUAAUAAGAUAUAAAAAAUCAAAAUGACAUAUACAGAAGAUCAAAUAAAAAAUAUUUAGAAAUAUUACAUAAUUAUAAUAAAAAAAAUGUGGAUGUAAGUAAAAAAGUUAGAUGUAGUAAUUGUCAAAGUAAUAGUUUCUUAGUUGAAUCAGGUUAUAAUAUUUGCGAUUCCUGUGGUACAACUAAUGGUCAUGUUUUGGGUUAUUUUGACUUGAAAGAAUACGAUCGAUUUCAUUUUCGGAAGAAGAGUAUUUAUCAGAGAAAGUAUCACUAUGAGAAAAAGGUUGAUCAAAUUUCUAGAAGACUACGUCUAACUGAGGAUGAAAAGUAUGAAUUAUAUAGUAAACUAAUGGCAAUAGAUAAUCAUGUAAUGGAAAUACUAAACAAACAAUUUUGUCGGAAAAGAAUGAUAAGCAUUUUUUAUUUAAUUAAAAAACUUUUGGAAGAAAUGGGAUGUGAAAAGUACAAACUAGUUUAUCUAAAGAUUAGCCCCCAAACUUUAGAGAAUUAUGAAAAGUGGUGGGAUCUAUAUAAUAGUUUAAAGAAAUAA